CGCCCGCGGUCCCGCCGGCCCGGCCCGUCCUGUCCCGUGCGGCCCCGCUAUGGCUCAGCGCCGCCUUACCGACUUCUUCGCGCGCUGCCGCCCCGGGCCCCGCGCCGCGCCGUCGCGCGACAAGCUGGCCUGGCGCACCCCGAGCCCCGCCAAGCCCGCGCCCCGCGCCCCGGCCCCCGCCCCGGGCAGCCGCAAGCGCGCCCGCUCGCCCGCCGAGCCCACGCACGACCAGCCCGCGCCGCCCGCGCGCAGGAGGCUGCGCCUGCCGGCCGAGGCGGUCUCCAGCCCCAGUUCCCCGGCUGUCCCUGGCUCCCCAGAGCACUCUUCUCCAGGCAAGAAGACAAAGAAGGCCGCCAUCUCAGCAGAUCAGCUGUCCCCUCUAGCAGCUGAGGAGGACAAGGUCCCGUCAAAGGUCACCUUCUCUGAGCUCAAGUCGUGCCUGCAGCGGGCGCGGGAGCUGGGGGCACGGGUCCAGGAGCUGAGAACAAGUGCCCAGAGGAAGGAUGCUGAGGAACCCAGCGCGCCAGAGGCCGAGGGGCACCCAUUGGGGCCAUGCAGUGGAGAGAAGGUGCCCGCCUACCAGCGCUUCCACACCCUGGCCCAGCCCGGACCCCCGGGCCUCGUGCUGCCCUAUAAGUACCUGGUGCUGGCCGAGAUGUUCCGCAGCAUGGACACCAUUGUGGGCAUGCUCUACAACCGCUCUGAGACUGUGACCUUCGCCAAGGUCAAGCAGGGCGUCCAGGACAUGAUGCGCAAGCGCUUUGAGGAACGCAACGUGGGUCAGAUCAAAACUGUGUACCCUGCCUCGUACCGCUUCCGCCAGGAGCGUGAUGUCCCAACCUUCAAGGACAGCAUCAAGAAGUCUGAUUACCAGCUCACCAUCGAGCCGCUGCUGGAGCAGGAGGCCGGCGGCGCGGCCCCCCAGCUCACAGCCUCGCGUCUUCUGCAGCGACGUCAGGUCUUCAGCCAGAAUUUGGUCGAGCGUGUCCGGGAGCACCACAGGGCCUUCCUGGCCUCCCUGCACCCCCCCGUGGUGGUGCCCGAAGACCAGCUGAUGCGCUGGCAUCCCCACUUCAACGUGGACGAAGUGCCUGACAUCGAGCCGGCCGAGCUGCCCCGGCCGCCCACUAUGGAGAAGCUGGCCACGGCCCAGGAGGUGUUGGCCCGCGCCCGCAGCCUGAUGUCACCCAGGAUGGAGAAGGCCUUGAGUGACCUGGCCCUGCGCACAGCCGACCCCAGCAGCCUCAGGUCCCCCAGCCCAGCACUGCCAGCCACUCCACCUGCCACCCCGCCCACUGCCCUAAAGGGGGUGUCCCAGGCCCUGCUGGAGCGGAUCCGGGCCAAGGAGGUGCAGAAGCAGCUGGCACAGAUGACGCGGCGCCCAGAGCAGGAGCAGCGGCUGCAGCGGCUUGAGCGGUUGCCGGAGCUGGCCCGCGUGCUGCGCAGUGUCUUCGUGUCUGAGCGCAAGCCAGCGCUCACAAUGGAGGUGGCCUGCGCCAGGAUGGUGGGCAGCUACCGUGCGGCCAUGAGCCCUGGGGAGAUGGAGAAGCAUGUACAGCUUCUCUCUGAGCUGCUGCCUGACUGGCUCAGCCUCCACCGCAUCCGCACUGACACCUACAUCAAGCUGGACAAGGCUGCUGACCUGUCAGGCAUCACUGCACGGCUGGCUCGCCUGGCCCAUGCCGAGGCGGCGCUGUGAGCCUGGCGGCCGUGAGCCACCACCAAGAUGUGGGCUCCAGGCUCCCUUGCCUGCCCCACCCCCUGCCUGUUUUAUCUCCUUUACGAACACAAUGCACUUUGCUCUCCCUUUCCCAAGUCCCCACGGCGGUCAGAGGCUGGACUGGGCUCUGCAUGGUCUGAGGGUCUCCAGCCAAGGUGGGUGGUGGGCCCACCCCUGUACAGCAUGUGGUCAUUAAACUGGUUUCUGUUGGUGACUGUC